AGCACUACGAACUAUCACACACAAAACCAUCACGCUCACGUCGACUGGGUUUUUUUUAGGAAUCCUGCAACCAUGGGCAUGUUCUCGAAGAAGAAAGAUCAGGGCGGCGACGACGACGCCAACCGAAGCGCUCUCUUCGGUUCACGCAAGGGCAAAUCCAGUCCCGCCGGUCAAGACAGCAACCCCUAUGCGAAGCCUCCUCAGGAUCCCUAUGCCAACGCACCUCCUCCAUACUCGGGCGGCAACAACUCGUACAGACAGGAGAAGAGCCCGGCCGUCACUUCCCAGGGUGGCUCCUAUGGCCGCCAGGGCGGAGGUGGAGGUGGAGGCUACGGCGGCAGCAAUCCCUACGGCGCCGGAGGUGGUGCUCCUCAACGACAAGGUGGAUAUGGUGGUCUAGGUGACCCAAACGACGAUGCUCGCGGUCAGCUCUUCGGUAAUGCUCCAGAUCGCAUGCAGCAGAGGGCACCUCAGGGUCCCCCUCAAAGUGGAGCUUACGGCGGUGGCCAGGGAGGAUACGGCGCCCCGGGUGGCUACGGGGAUGGGCCCGCCUACAAUGACCGAAAGUUGACAGCCGAAGAAGAAGAGGAAGAAGAAGUCUCUGCAACAAAAGACCAGAUACGAUUUAUGAAACAACAAGACGUGUCAAGUACACGUAAUGCUUUGAGACUUGCUCAACAAGCUGAGGAAACGGGGAGAGAUACUCUGGCUCGCCUUGGAGCACAAGGGGACCGUAUACAUAAUACUGAACGCAACCUUGACCUUGCUGCAAACCAGAACAGGAUUGCUGAAGAGAAGACUCGAGAGCUUAAGACUGUGAACAGGAGCAUGUUUGCCAUGCAUGUGUCUAACCCUUUUACGAGCUCAUCUAGAAACGCUGAACGCGAUGCCAAAGUUCUAGAAACUCACCGCAACGAACGAGAUCAACGAGACGCGACACGGAAGGCUGCGUGGGAGAGUUCUGCGCGUCAGAACGAGUUUAAUCAGGCCAAUGCUGCGGCAGGCAAAGGAGGACCUGGUCGAAGCACCCUUGCCGACCGAGCAAAAUUCCAGUUCGAAGCGGAUUCAGAUGACGACCAAAUGGAAGACGAGAUUGACUCUAAUCUUGAUGCCUUACACGGCGCCGCCAAGCGUUUGAACCACCUGGGUCGUGCUAUGGGUCAAGAGGUCGAUACGCAGAAUACACACAUUGAACGCAUCAUCCGGAAGACUGACAAGGUCGACGAUGGCAUUGCUUCCAAUCGCGCGAAACUUGAGCGCAUCCGUUAA